CUGUCCGUUCCGGACCGUAUGCGAUCUGUCGGCACACCACCCAGUGUGGUUGUGUCUCCUCUUCUCCAAAAUGAGGACGGUGGUUCCGAGAACAAAAUUGGACGCUCCACCAGUUCAGAACCGCGAGCUGGUACUGCGAAUCGAUCGUUUUCGUUCACUGACUACGCUCCCGCCGGUCAUUUGUCAGCUGAUGAAAAUGAUGUGACUGCAGACACGUCGAGUCAGCCUUUCCUGACUGAUUAUCGUCGUCUUCGUGCCGGAAACCAACCGAUCCACUUGUUUGUCAUGCAUCCGAAACACGAAGAUACGAUUCGUCUAGAUCCGGGAAUAAAUAAAAUUACAUUAGUCAGCCAGAGUCCCGGAUUCCUCGUACCCGGAGAUAUUCGAAUAAGUGUGCUUAGCCGCAUCUCGAAGAACCGUCCCUCGACUACUAAAAAUGAAAGUGAAUCUUCUGAUACCACGCUACAUCUGGUCUCUCGUGUCCAAGCCAAGCAUUUCGAUUCAACUUGGUCCAGUCCAAAGUUACUGGACUCGUUGCUGCCAACAGUGCAUUAUUAUGGUCAAAUGGAAAUAAUGCGACCUCUUCGUGUGAUUCUGGGUCUGCGACAUUCGAUCGAUCUGCAGCUGGAACUGCGUAAACUCGGUUUGCCUGUACCAUUGGAAACAGGCAUUGGACUUUAUCGAAUUGUACAUCGUUUGAACGCAAAAGCACCCGGACCGCUGUCUCCCACAGACGUCCCAGCUCGUGUACCCAAAGUGGUGAACGACUAUCGUGUUUCACCUCUAUUCAAAGACACCAAUUCAAACCAGGCUGGCGAAUCUCAGAGCACUAAAUCUCGCUUCACCACAGUCGCACAACUGUCACCUAAUGACUAUCGAUGCGAUCUACAAGAUGGUCCAGUGCAGUUGGAUAGUACAGCUGAACUAAUUCCCAUAGAUGCCACCGGGUCCCUGAAUGGGGAGACGGCCCCAGCUAACCGAACGCGAUUCCGUCUCAGUCGGCCGUUGUGGAUCCGAGCGCUGGCCGAUAAAGAUGAGGUACGCUUCUAA